ACGAGGAGUUUGCGUGCUAUGCUUUCGCGGGAUUGAGUCCGCGAUUUGUACAUCCCGGUUUGUGGAACAGUUCACGCCGUCGCCCCUAAUAGUUGGUCGGAAAAUAUGUCCGGCAACGAGGAGGCGAAGGGAGAGACGAAGCUGUGCUGCGUCUCCCACGGCUUCCUUCGCUCCGCCUCCACAAAACCUAGCCGGAUAGCCGUCGUCCACGCUGCCGGCGGCCUCCGCCUCUUCCGCGCCGCCAGCGAGGGCUCCUCUGGCGAGCACCCGCCGGGUGACCUCGACGCCGCUCGGGUGAACUCCUCCACUCCGCUGUACCCCGGCGACAAGUACUUCACCUUCGCCGACGUCCUCUCUGCCGUCGAUUCCCUCAGCCGUCGCCUCCGCCGGGUUCUCGAUGGUGGAGACGACGCCGAUCUGGUCCGGCCUCAAGGUUAUUCGGCCAUGAGCUCAAGGGUUGACAUGGAGAGUUCGACAAUAGAGGCGAAUGGAAUGCCUCGAAUGGUGGGAGUAUAUAUGCCUCCUUCUGUGGAGUACAUUGUUGCGGUCCUUGCGAUACUGAGGUGUGGGGAGGCAUUCUUGCCUUUAGACCCAUUAUGGCCAGAAGAAAGGAUACUAUCACUCGUUUCAUCUUCAAACACUGCUCUUGUCAUCAAAAGUGUUCCAUUUCCUCAGUUGGGUGGCCAUUGGCAAUUGGACGCAGUUGAUAGGAUUGUAGAAUAUAGUAGCUGUUCAGUUCUACAUUUUGAAAUUAAGGUAGAUUUCAGGAAGCAGCCUGGUCAGUCUGAUCUAGUAUGGCCAUGUGAGAGCAGAAGUCCGAGGAAAUUUUGUUAUCUGAUGUACACAUCUGGCUCAAUCGGGAAGCCUAAGGGUGUCUGUGGUACUGAGAAAGGUCUUCUAAAUCGCUUUGGGUGGAUGGAAGAUUUGUUUCCCUUGUGUACACAGGACAUUCUAUUGUUCAAUACAUCUAUCAGCUUUAUUGACCAUCUACAGGAGUUUCUUUCUGCUAUAUUGACUUGUACGGCACUCAUCAUUCCUCCAUUUGAUGAGUUGAAGGCUAAUCCAACAUAUGUACUUGAUUUUGUUAAGGCAUAUCACAUUUCAAGACUGACUUCCGUUCCAUCUUUGAUGAGAGCAGUUCUUCCUUCCCUGGAGAGCUCACACUUUUUUCAGUGUUGUAACUCUCUCAAAGUGUUAGUUCUUAGUGGGGAAGUUCUAUCUAUUUCUUUAUGGCAAAGUCUUCAGAAAAAUCUGCCAGAGACUUCCAUCCUGAAUCUAUAUGGAAGUACAGAGGUAUCAGGUGAUUGCACGUAUUUUGAUUGCAAAAGUUUACCAAGGAUUUUGGAGGUCGAGCCACUAAGUAGUGUGCCUAUUGGGAUACCUAUAUCUAAUUGCAAGGUUGUUCUUGUUGGCGAACCAGACAAACCUGAUGAGGGUGAAAUAUACGUUCAGGGUGCCUGUUUAUCUAUUGGAUACUUUGGCGAGCCUUUGAUUGGGAAUCUUAUUAUGGACAAUGGUACUCCAUUGUGCUACGGAACUGGUGAUUUCGCCAGACGCUUGAAAAGUGGUGAUCUUGUUUUUCUUGGGAGAAGAGACCGCAUCAUAAAAGUCAAUGGGCAGCGUGUUGCUUUAGAGGAGAUUGAGAAUACCCUGAGGGAACAUCCUGAAGUCAGUGAUGCUGCUGUAACAUUUCAUGCAACCCAUGGAGUGCCCUCCCAUCUUGAUGCAUACAUUGUGUUGAAAAUUAUUGGAGUGCCUCAGGAAGAGCAUAAAUCUCAUACAGAUGAACAACAUUUAAUUGAAGGUUUAAUCACAUCUAUCAGAAGUUGGUUGGUCAGGAAGCUUCCACUAGUAAUGAUUCCUAGACAUUUCUUCUGUACCAAUUCAUUGCCUAUAUCUACAUCCAGGAAAAUAGAUUAUGCCAAGCUGGCAAAUUCAGCAUAUAUAGCAGAAAGGGAUAAGAGUGAAUUUGAAAGUAGUUCUUUUGAUAGCUGUUUGCAAAUUAUCAAAAAGGCAUUUUGUGAAGCAUUACUGAUUGAAGAAAUUUCGGACUAUGGUGAUUUCUUUAUGAUGGGUGGUGACUCAAUUUCAGCUGCUCAUGCUGCGCAUAAGUUAGGGAUUGAUAUGAGAUUGAUAUAUAUCUCUCCUAGCCCAUGCAAGCUUCUAAAUGCUCUACUGGAUAGGAAUGAUUCACAUGACAAUCUUUUCGGCCCUAUCCCUGAUUCUAGAAAGAGACUAAAAGUGCACAGCAGUACAUUGAGCUUCUCUAGCACAAUGAUGACCGAUCUGCAGACGUAUUCUGGAAAGAGGGUUCAUGAUCUCCCUAAGGAACAUAAAGCAAUGAGUGACCCGGAAAGAAAGGAUGGGUCUCCUUGUGCUGACGACCCUUUGAGAAGAGAUCACAAUUUAACCUCAGCUUCACAUGGUACAAUUUCAACCAACUUAUGGAUUUCGAACUCUGAUUUUCCUAAAAGGUGUUCGUUCAGCCGGUGCAAUCAAUUCAUGCAUGGAGGUGAAACUGAGUUAAAUUAUAAAUGUAGAUUAUGCCUGUCAGUUGAAAUUCCAAGAUAUAAAAAUGGACGUCUGCAAGAGCUCUGGAGAGUAGCACUCAAGUCAUGUGUUGAUGCUUCACCAUUGGUCGUGUUGAUGGAUGGAAACAUAAACCUUUUUAUUGGAUCUCACUCACACAUAUUUCUCUGUAUUGAUGCUUUCAGUGGUCUUGUACGAUGGGAGGUCACGUUGGAGGGUCGUGUUGAGUGUUCAGCAGCUGUUACUGGAGAUUUCUCUCAUGUUGUAGUUGGAUGUUAUAAAGGAAAAAUUUACUUUCUUGAUAUCAUGACUGGGGACAUCUCUUGGGCAUUCCAAACAGAUGGAGAGGUUAAAAUGCAGCCGGUUGUGGAUAAACAGAGAAAUUUGAUAUGGUGUGGAUCACAUGACCAUUGUUUGUAUGCCUUAGAUUACAAAGAACACUGUUGUGUUUACAAAGUCUCAUGUGGGGGGAGCAUUUUUGGUUCACCUUCUAUAGAUACGGUUCACAACAUGAUCUACGUGGCAUCCACAAGUGGCUGUGUGACUGCAAUAUCACUAAAGGUAUUGCCGUUCAGCAUUGCCUGGUUGUAUGAGGGAGGAGCACCAAUUUUUGGAUCUCUUUGCUUCGAUCCUCUAGGUGGAAAUGUUAUUUGUUCCUUGGUAGAUGGGCAUGUAGUUGCAUUGAACUACAAAGGAGCUGUUGUUUGGAAGGUAACUAUUGAUGGUCCACUAUUUGCUGGAGCUUGCAUAUCUUCUGUACUCCCAACUCAGGUGCUGAUAUGUUCCCGCAAUGGAAGGGUGUACUCAUUUGAUUUGGAACGAGGUGCUUUAAUUUGGGAAUAUCAAGUUGGAGGCCCAAUCACUUCAUCUGCUUAUGUUGAUGAGCACACUCGGUUCAAAUCCAACUCCUCCUAUCCAUGUGACAGGUUGGCUUGCAUCUGCAGCAGUUCAGGAAGCAUCCAUGUCAUUCGGAUAAAUGAAGGUGCCAAGCAAGAGAAGAUUCAUCUGGAAGGGUUUCCAGCUAGCUCACCAGUGCAACAGUUUGCAGUCAUGGACCUUUCGGGGGAUAUCUUCUCUUCACCGGUAAUGAUCAGCGGUCGCAUCUUUGUUGGUUGCAGAGAUGAUUACAUCCAUUGCAUCACAGUGGCUCCCUGACAAAACUUAAGUGAUUUUAUAUGGGGCGGGCACAUAGGUGAACAGAGACCAUCCCUACUGGUUCAUGCCCGUGGUAGAUUAGUGUCAGAACAUAAAUUCGCACAUCAACUGUUGGAAAGGGAUGACAAGAAUACCAAUUCCAUUGCAAAUUCAGCUGUAAUAUCCAACUGUAAUUCACUGUCCAUUGACUCUUGACGGCAAAUCAAGCAUUGCACAUAUCCUCAAGGUGUCAACAACAUUAUCUUUGUUGUUUUUGGGCAUUCAGCAUGCUAUAGAUCUACUGGAUCCUCCUGUGGUGUUACCAGAUAUGGACGGUGAAUCUGAGGAGAACCUCAAGCCAUUGGUAACUGUGUUUUAAUAUGCAACCAAGGGACAUACAGAAGUCCAUUUCUGUCCUGAAAGCUAUGUUUGCAGAAGCUGGCCUGUCUAAUCGGAAGGAGGGAUGAGAAUCGAGACAAGCAUUCUUACAUCUUGACAAUUGUCUGCAGGCAGUUAGUGAGAACUGGAAAGUUGUCCCAGCAAAACAAUUGCAUGUACUUUUUCUAAGUUUGUUUCUAGGUAAUUGAUAGCCGUGAUGUCCAGAUGGUUGCAUCCAUGUUCUGCUUCGAGGAAAAAGGACAAUUAUAUCCAAAUAUUGAUAUGUGAAAAAUAUUAUGUUUGGAAAAAAGAUGAGCUUUGGUGUAAUGAUAAGACUAUUUCAUUUGGGUUCAAAAUAUGGAAACAGUUUCUCUGCA